GUAUCCCCGGAGUCGGGGCUCUCCCGGUUUGGCGCGAAACCGGAUCUGACGUUACCAUAGGGAGGUACUCCCUGCCCCUAGACAGGUACUGUUGUAGCUAGGGAAAGAUCCGACGAUUCCUCGGCCUUGUCCCCAGCCUUUGCUAAGCUGCCAGUCAACAGUCGCAGUCAAGCCUCGUCGGCCUUGUCUUUGCAUGUGGAGCUAGCUAGCUAUGCCUUCUUUGCGCGGCGUAGUGAUUGGCGACAGCCAAGUGAAAUUUAUGUGCAGGAGUCGCCUUCCCUUGAAGGCCUCCGUCAAGACCUGCACAUUUAGUUACGCUGGCUUUGACGCUCUGCGCAUGGCCGAGGCUGUCAGUUCGAUGCGCUUCCAGCGCGUUGAUUUUGCCAUUUUAUACGUUGGAGGCAACGACCUUGCCAACGUCAACGCGGAGCCUCAGGAGAUAUGCGACAAUAUUGGGGAGUUAGUUUUACAACUGCAGCACGACGUGGCCCCUAUUGUCUAUGUCUUCAAGGUGCUCCCACGCUGCUUCAACCCCGAAGACGCCGAUGCGGAGCGCAAGACACGGAAAGCGCGCUUGCUGAACUGCAAGCUGACGGCUACGCUAAAGUGCUGGCCAUGUGUUCGCAUCUUGAACGCCGAGGUAAGCUUGCGCCGGCAUGAAAAUGCCGUGCCGUCGUGGUCGGCACGCAGCUUUUUUAAAAACUAUUUAGCCUCGCUAGUCGCUCAUUGUUUGCAGUAAAAUGAUGUAAUAGAGGUCUUGAGGAUUAAAAUGCCGACAUGUGGAUCACGACCGGCACUGCCAACAGAUCCGAUUAAAGCGGAAUAUAAAAUAGCGAAAUUAAGGUACUGGUACAAAGCACGUCAAGCCCUGAAAACGAUAAUGGUAACAACAUUGGACAUGCUCUUAGCCAGAGUCUCAUCUAUACGCGUCUGGUGUUGAGAGAGCCGGUUUGUGCAAUUUGUGUUGCACGGGAAACCAAAGCAUUCUAGCGCAAAUUGCAUAACUAAGGUUGUUCAUUUUCAUGUUACUUUUGAUGAAGUGAAUUCAUGUCUUCAGUCUUCAAAACGAAGGUAGGUCAGUAGUCAUAAAAUGAUUGGCUCAGCAGAGAAAUCUCUUGCAACGGAUUCAAGACUGCUGGCAAUAUCCAUAAUGUUAGCUGGUUUUCACCUUUGUUUGAGACGUUCCAUUUAACAGUGCAGUAUGUACCAAUCUGUGGAGAGUUUAGUGCAGAUCGUUUGACUCGCAUGUUUUUACUUACGUGGCACUGCUCUUGGGUUACGUACACAAAACAGCUUUUACCAGUUGUCUGUGAAAGCCCACCACCUGUGGCAGCUUAAUAUUCACAAGGUGGUCAAACUGGGCAUCAGAAGUGUUGGCUUUCAAGCAUUUCAUGGACAUCUAAAGGUCGACUGAGCUUGCGUUUUACCAGAAUU